ACUGACUGCCACCGCCAUCACCGCCUCCUCUACCGCCUCCGACAUCGUCACACCACCGCCGCCACCACCGCCACCACCGCCGCCUCCGCCGCCACGAAGAUUGUAGUACCGUUGCGUACCUCGAGUAGCCGAGUACCUCGAGCGUCCAGUAUCCCCGAACCCGCGAAUGCGGAGUACGAAUACCUGGACGUUAUACCUCGCCGGCCGCCUCUCGUCACGAUGCUACUACUUGCGGUGAUCGGGCUCUUCGUCCUCGCCGGCACGACCACCGCCGAGGUCUUUACCAACACGUUCCUGGUGAGGAUGCGGCAGCCAGCGGAGCGGCACGUAGCCGAUCGCGUGGCGCUAAGGAAUGGAUUCAUCAAUCUGGGACCGGUAUUGGACAGUCAGACGGAGUAUCACUUCGUACAUAGAGCUUUGCCGCAUGUACGAAGCAAACGAUCGGUACCGCACACGCGAAAAUUAAAGGUCGACCCUCUGGUGGCCACGGCGAUACAGCAACCGGGUUUCAAGCGAGUGAAAAGAGGCUACAAACUUCUAAGCGUGGAUAAUCUCGUGCCGUUAUACGAAAUUAAGAAUCCAGCAAAUCCGGCGAGUAAGGAUCCGACGGAUCCUUUUUUCAAGUACCAGUGGUAUCUGAAGAAUGUCGGCCAGAACGGCGGCAAACCGAAACUGGAUUUGAACGUCGAGGCUGCCUGGGCUCAGGGCGUCACGGGGAAGAACGUGACGACGGCUAUAAUGGACGAUGGUGUCGAUUACAUGCAUCCGGAUCUCAAAUAUAAUUACAACGCGAAAGCUUCUUACGACUUUAGCAGUAACGAUCCGUAUCCGUACCCGAGGUACACCGACGACUGGUUUAAUAGCCACGGCACGAGAUGCGCCGGGGAGGUUGCGGCCGCGCGCGACAAUGGGGUGUGCGGCGUCGGGGUGGCAUACGACUCGAAGAUCGCGGGGAUCCGAAUGCUGGACCAGCCGUACAUGACCGAUCUGAUCGAGGCGAACAGUAUGGGCCACGAACCCGAUCUCAUAGACAUUUACAGCGCCUCCUGGGGACCCACGGACGACGGGAAGACGGUGGAUGGACCUCGCAACGCGACCAUGAGGGCCAUCGUACGCGGCGUUAAUGAGGGGAGAAACGGAUUAGGUAAUAUCUACGUCUGGGCAUCCGGAGAUGGCGGAGAGGAGGAUGACUGUAACUGUGACGGAUACGCCGCGAGUAUGUGGACCAUCAGUAUCAACAGUGCCAUCAACGACGGUCAGAACGCGCAUUAUGAUGAGAGCUGCUCCAGCACCCUGGCUUCCACCUUCAGCAACGGUGCCAAGGACCCUAACACGGGAGUGGCCACCACGGAUUUAUAUGGAAAAUGCACGACGACACAUAGCGGGACUUCCGCCGCAGCACCGGAAGCCGCGGGAGUGUUUGCGCUAGCUCUUGAAGCCAAUCCGCAACUGACCUGGAGAGAUAUUCAGCAUUUGACCGUCCUAACUUCGAAAAGAAAUUCUCUGUUCGACGCGAAAGAUAGAUUUCAUUGGACCAUGAAUGGCGUUGGGCUCGAGUUUAAUCAUCUUUUUGGAUACGGCGUCUUGGACGCGGGCGCUAUGGUAGCUCUAGCUAAAAAAUGGAAGACGGUACCACCGAGAUAUCACUGCGAGGCUGGUUCUACGUUCGAAACGCAGAAAGUAACGAGCGAUCGAUCCAUUCUUGUGAAAAUUAAAACCGACGCGUGCGCCGGCACGGAGUACGCUGUCAAUUAUUUAGAGCACGUGCAAGCCGUCAUUUCCGUAAAUGCAACUCGGCGCGGUGAUCUCGAGCUGUUCCUCACGUCCCCAAUGGGUACCAGGUCUAUGAUUUUGAGCCGCAGAGUGAAUGAUGACGAUCACAGGGAUGGGUUCACGAAGUGGCCAUUCAUGACGACGCAUACAUGGGGAGAGUACCCUCAGGGGACUUGGUUGUUGGAGGUGAGCUUCAACACUCAAACGCCUCAACAUGGAUGGCUGAAAGAAUGGACGCUGAUGCUCCACGGUACCAGAGAACCACCAUACACGGGACUAUCGACCGCGGACCCACACUCCAAACUAGCGAUUGUUAAGAAGGCCCACGAGGAGCGAUUCAGCGCGAUCUAACGAUAUCGAUGACCACGGUUCACGCGAUUAUCGUCGAUUUCAGCGAAGAAAAUAGGAAUAUUCCGAUCAGAAGAUGUUUACGCGAGCGCUCCUUUUCUGCUUUUCUGAUUUCGCGCCGCGCAGCUGAGAAAUGUACCUCGAUUUUUUUCAGAUUCAUUUGUGCGCUGAUCGCAUCGUCACGUGCCAAUGUAUCGUCAUUCGUUAUUCCAGCGUGUUGACUCAUAUUCGAAUCAUCAGAAAAUCCCGAUACUUUUUAUUAUAAUCUUUGUAAUUAUGAUAUCAAUCAUAAUUACACAUCAUGCCAUUUAUAACAAAGCUUCUAUCGCGCGUUAAGAAUCUGUAUCCUUUGUACUCUUUUCAGCACACACAAUUUUUUUCUAAAUCCUGUUACCGAAGAAAAGUCAAAUCAUUAGCGCCCAACCUAAUUAAAGAAUAGUUUCCCAAGGAACACACAAAAGUAAACAAAGAGUCAAAAUGACUUUAUUUUAAUCCUUAACAUCAAUAAACAGUCAAACUUUGUAACCAGAAAUCAUCAUUUUGACUUUUAUGACAUCAAAAUAAAGUCAUUUUGACUUUCUCUCAACUUGGUGUGUUCCUUGGGUUAUCAAUUACCUUUCUGAGAAAUUCUGGUAAAAAAUAUGAAAUAAAUUUCUUAUAAAAUUAAAUGCCUUUUGUGAUCUUCGAAGUUCUUCGUUUUAAUGUAAGUGCCGAGAAUCGAGCGAAAAGAAUUGAAAAUUCAUUUAUUUAUCCAGGCAAUGAUAGAUUAAAAGAUAUGAUGUAGAAUGUUGUAAUUUUCGUUAUGAUGUAUUUGAUUUUUACAAUCUGUCAUUUUUAAUUAAUGUAUUAUUGUUAUUGGUUGUUACUAUAAGCUUCCGAGCGACACGCGACGCAAUUACCGAAAGGAAGGUAUUAUUUUGUUAAAAUUGUGUCCGCGUUGACAGCUUUCCGAAGAGUUCUCAAAUUGACGAACGAAACUUGAUAAUUAGGGGAACAAGGUGACGAGAAAGAAAAUUUACUAUGUAUUAUUCAAAUAGCGGUAUUAAAAAUUACUCUUCUGACAGAGCGGUAAACUCGAAGCAUUUAGCAUUUAACAGACGUUAUCGAAUCGAUAGCGUCUGUGAAAGAGUAUUCCGGG